GGCGGGCAGAGCAAGAUGACCUCCGAGUACACACGGUGGACCACGGGGAGGGAAACACACACAUAUCCUUCACUGAGAGUUAACUGAACUUUACGCAGCCAGUCGGUGAGCGGGGCGCAGGAGAGGACUUCCGUUUCUACCCAGUGGAAUUCGGAGUUGCUUCACCUGAUGAAGGGAUGUUGUUUUCAGCUAACAGUGAACGAACAUUCACUUUUUUAGUGGUGUCCUUUUUCUCUCCAGCCCAUGAGCAGAGUUGGAUGUGAGUAAACACUACAAUGUUUCACGCGGCUGUUUGUGCUCCUCUCGUGAUGGGCUGACAGAGACAGAGAGACCGAACCAAAUGGAUUAUCUUUCCUCCAAACUCCAACAGCCACCUGUAGAGUAACUAACGGGCCGGUAUGAUAGUGUCUAACGUUAGUCUGAGCUGCGGCGUGAGCUGCCCAUGGGGAGUCAGUGACGGUAAAACGGUGGUCACGCAGGGAGGAGGCUCAGGUUCUCUGAGUCCUACGGGACAUCUCGUGGUGGCAGUGUGUCUGGGGUUCAUAGGUACAUUCGGUUUCCUCAACAACCUCCUGGUGUUAACGUUAUUCUGCCGGUACCAUACGCUGCGCUCGCCCAUCAACGUCCUGCUGUUGAGUGUGUGUGUUUCGGACCUGCUGGUCUGCGUGCUCGGGACACCGUUCAGCUUCGCUGCUGCCACGCAGGGCAGGUGGCUGAUCGGUAGGGCGGGAUGCGUCUGGUAUGGCUUCAUCAACUCCUGUUUGGGUAUCGUGUCUCUGAUCUCCCUGGCAGUGCUGUCCUAUGAGCGUUGCUGUACCAUGCUGUGUCGGAUGCAGGCGGAUGGUACUGACUUCGGUACAGCGGUGGCCGGAGUGUGUUUCUCCUGGGUCUACGCCCUGGCCUGGACACUGCCCCCGCUGCUGGGCUGGAGCAGCUAUGGCCCCGAGGGACCAGGAACCACCUGUUCAGUGGACUGGAGGACCCAGACACCCAACAACAUCUCCUACAUCGUCUGUCUGUUCACCUUCUGUCUGUUACUGCCUUUCUCUGUCAUAAUGUACAGCUACGGCAAGCUGCUCAGCGCUAUCAAACAGGUGAGCAAUGUGAGCACGGCGGUAACCCGUCGUCGUGAGCAACGUGUGCUGGUGAUGGUGGUAACCAUGGUAACGUGUUACCUGUUGUGUUGGCUGCCGUACGGUGUAGCGGCCCUGCUGUCGACCUUUGGCCCUCGCAACCUUUUGACCCCUGAGGUCACCAUAGUCCCCUCUCUGCUGGCCAAGACAUCUACAGUCAUCAACCCUGUUAUAUACAUCUAUAUGAACAGACAGUUCUACAGGUGUUUCAAGGCUUUGCUAAGAUGUUCUACUCCUGACCGAAGCUCCAGUUUGAAGGCGUCGUCACCGGCGACCAAAACUCUCGGGACCGUUCGCAAUGGAAACGGACACGGCGUGCCGGUUGUUUUGGCGUCAGUAGGCCCUCCCACUCCGACUGACUCUGCCAACAGUUCCUUAGUGGUAGCGGAUAACCUGCCACCGUCACCUCCCAAAAUCCCUCCCCCGGUCCAAACCACGCCCCCUCUCCAAAUCACUCCCCGGUCCAAACCACGCCCCCUCUCCAAAUCACUCCCCCUGUCCAAACCACGCCCACUGCCACUCCCAAACCAAGACUGACCCUCGUAGCUCACUACAAUGGAUAGAGAGAGAAAGGCUUUGUGUUCCCAAGACAUGAUGUACGUUAGGAGUAAGAAGGUCAUGGUAAGAUGGAGGUCUCUCUGAGUAGUAGUCAUUUGAAGCUGUGCAGUAGGUGGUUUUGUUCUUAUCAAUGUGAAUGAUCAGAAGUCUGACAGAUCUGUGGUGAGGAUAAAGUCCCCAGGAGUCACACACACACACACACACACACACACACACUGGCACGUAUAUACACAGUAACCAGUGGAAUUAUUUGUAAAUGAAUUGUUGAUUAGAUCAAUGAUGGUGAAAUGUUUUAUUUUGAGCACAAAAUUAUUUCUCUGAUGGCUCAGGUCAGGAACAUUGUUCCAGGGUAAGCUGAUCCUAGAUCUGUGGCGAUGAGCAACUUCAACCUGAAGUAGUCUCUCUAGACAGACGGGUUGCCUCCCACAAUGUACCAAUGUUCAAGCUUAACAUGCCUGUUUGUAUACAACAUCAGUUUGACAUAGAGGAAAGGGCCCUUCGGCUUUCUUACAAAUCUAAUCAAAUCAAAUUGUAUUUGUCACAUGAGCCGAAUACAACAGGUGUAAACCUUACGGUGAAAUGCUUACUUACAAGCCCUAAACCAACAAUGCAGUUUUAAGAAAAAUAUGACUAGGGUUGCUGGAGUCUUUGACCAUUUUUAGGGCCUUCGUUUGACACCGCCUGGUAUAGAGGUCCUGGAUGGCCAUAGUCACUGCCUUAUCCGCUUGUUGCCCUACCGUAAACAUCCCCCAGACACGAAAUGGUAGCCAGCAAGAUGGAGUUCAGGGAGGUUUUUUAAUGAGGGCAUUUUGCAAGGGGCUAGUUUGCAUCAACUACCUUCACUAAAACCACUGCAAAGGUUUUGCCUGCAAACUUUGUUUUCGAAUCGGGACGUUCUGGCAUGUCUGCCUCGUGAUUUGUUGGGAGAGUUGUCUGUCUGAAGAGGACCGUCCCCCGAUAGUUUUCCUUUUUUUUGUUUUCUUGAGGUUUACCAAGAGAGUCCGUCAUUAAUCCCAGUGCUGUUGCUGCCCUUUGUCUGAGAUUUCCGAGAUUAAACCUGAAGUGAAGGAUUAGCAUGUUAGCAUUUGGUUUUGAGAGUAAGCAUGCUAGCAACAAGACAAGCAUUAGCGCAUUAGCCUGUUUGUAUUGGGCUUGAAUGGAGAAUUAGUAUGCCAGCAAUGAAACAAGCGUGAGUCUGUUUGUAUUAGAUUUGAAUGGAGAAAUAGCAUGCUAGCAAUGACAAAAAUAACAAUUUGCUUUGGGUUUGAAUGAAUGAUUAGCAUGCUAGGGGUAGACCUUACAGUCAGAGAUGGGGAAUCAGCACACCAGCAACUGAGAGGAUUUAAUUAAAAAACACAUUAGCUAUGUCACAACAACAAAUUACACCAAGCUACAAAAAUAGGGCAAGCUUGUUCUUUUAUUCACUAUUAGCUACAUUAAUUAAUAGUAUGUUUUAGCUAUGCAGGAACAUUUCAGAGAGACACUGUUUUUUGGCAGAGAACAUAUUAUUUGAUUAGGUUUUUGAUUAUGUUUUGUUGCCUAAAGAGCAGGAUAUUCUGUGCAUUUAGUUGAUAUAAGGAUUAUUGAUGGGUUCUCUGACCCUGUUUCCAUGCUUCGUACAGAAGCACUGAUUGAAGAUUUGAUACACAAGGGGAUUUGAUACAGUGUGUUAAGCAUUUCAUAAUAAUAUAAUUUGAAGUAACAUUUUGUGCAAUUAUAAAUGUUUAUAUAUACUGUAUAUAUAUAUAUCCCAGAGAGAAGAAGAUAAGUCUGUCUGUACAGCCUCUUACAGAGGAUUGGAGAAGGGAAGAGAAGCGGGGAGAGGAGAAGAGAAGAGACGAGACGAAGGAGAAUAGAAAAGGA